AUGGCUCGGGAAGCGGUUUCUGGGGAGUUUCACUUGGAGUGUCAGGUUCGCGUGUCUGCUGAGCGUGCUGUGGCGUCGCCAAAGUUGCGGGCGCCAAGCGUCGUCGGAGAGGUCGUCAUGGAAGAAGCCGAAGCGCUAGACAAGGACACGCAGCACUCAACAAUUCGUCUGCACGUCCAAUUGUCUGCAUUUUUGGUAUUGCCGGUUCCGACUUGGGAGGCAGUGACUCCGCCGCCAGAGCGAGAUGAGGACAGGCAUCCAGGUCCACCAAACAUCAGCACCACCAACAUGUGGCUCUUUGACGUCGAUGGCAAGAUCCAGAAAUACGACAAUCCCGAGGACAUCAUCCAAGCCUUUUUCCCUGUCCGCUACCAGAUCUACGAGCGAAGGAAGGCCUACCUGGUGGACAAACUGGAGCGAGAACUUGCUGUGCUUUCAAACAAGUUGCGUUUUGUGGAGUUGGUCGUUGGAGACAGGUUGGAUGUGGAGAAGAAGCGCAUGGUGGACCUUUGCGGGAAAAUGCGGAAGCUUGGCCUGGAACACAUGUGCCAGAUCAAGGGCGAGGGCUCUGUGAAGGUGGGCACAGAGGAAGAGGCGGGUCCUGAUGGUUUCAAAUACCUCCUCUCUAUGAAGCUUUGGUCCCUGACAGAGAACAAGGUCGAGGAGGGAGUUGCAGAGACUCCAUGGCCAGAAGGAACCAGCAUCGAAGCUCUCUGGGAAGCGGACUUACAGCGUUUGGAGCAUGCCCUAGACGAGUGCGAUGAGAAGGAUCGCAAAGAAGCGGAGGCAGCGGAAAGGCUGGCCGCGAAGAAUAUGUCCGAUGAGAGUUUUCUGGUCAACAAGCAGUGCGUGCUGGUGCUGGGCCGCAACUUCACCGCAAAGCGCGUUCGAACCAGUGAGUGGAAGGCACGCCGUCGAGGUGGCGGCUUCAGUUCGAAGCGCCUGGUGAGCAAGGCCGAAGCAUUAAAUUCGUGUGGGGAAGAUUUUUGUAGCCGCUUGUCGACGCCUCUGAUGCUACACGGCCAGUUGUUGCGACGUCGCUCAAGCAAAAUGCCCAAUGCGUUCCGUCGGCCCAUAUCGGCCCUUCAAACAUCUGUAGACGUAAUCCGUGGUGACUACAUGUCACUCUUCCAAAGUGUCCCACUCCUUUGUCAUCCUUUGUCACAUGUCCGCAAGCUUCGCGGCCGAGCCGCGAGGCGAAGAAGGGCAAGGACGACGAUGCAGAUGCAGAGGAUUUCCGGAACUGUUCACACUCAUGCAAGACUUCGCGAACAUGGGUAUCAUGAUAUUAUGAUAUAG